AUGACGGAACACGGUGAAUUUUUACGUUCGAAAUCGGAAAGUUUAGAUUUAACGUUUCCAGUUCCAUGGGGAGUGAUAGAGGGAAAAUGUUGGGGAGAUCCAUCACAAUCACCCGUUCUAAUGAUUCACGGACUACAAGAUAACGCAGGAACGUUCGAUAGACUCGUUAAUUUGUUACCCGAUUCAUUUUAUUACGUUUGCAUAGAUCUUCCAGGUCAUGGUAAAUCCACAAGGUUUCCAAAAGGUGUUUUCUUGGAUUUUAUGCUAUUUUUAAGUUCCGUACGAAGAGUCAUAUUACAACUCGAAUGGAGGCAAUUUAUAAUAGUGGGACACAGUUUCGGUGGACAAUUGGGAUCAUACUAUGCAGCUUUUUAUCCUGAAGAGGUUAAAAAACUCAUCAUGCUCGAUACAUUGGCACCAUUUGCAGUACCAUUGGAUCGACAUUUGCAACAUUGCAAGGAUAGUAUUAAAAAAAUGAUUGAAUUAGAAAAAAAAUUAUCAAAUUCAAAUCCUCCUAAUUAUACUCAUGAAGAAGCGAUUAAUAGGUUGAUCAAUAGUCGAAUGUCACCCAUAUCAAAACAAGGAGCCGAAAUUUUAAAUCAAAGAUUAAAAUACAAUUUACAGGCACCCAUAACACCUGAAAUUCAUUUCAAUGUCAUUUCACACAUAACAUCUUCAGUAUUAAUUAUAAUAACAAAUUCUUAUUUAAAAUUUGUCGAAUCUUAUCGUAAGGGUCAUUUAGAUUAUGAAACAUUACAAUUUUUUAAUAAAAAAAAUAAUUUUCAAAUCGUUUCCAUUCCCGGUCAUCAUGAUGUUCAUAAUGAUGAGCCUCAUUUGGUAGCCCCCCACAUAGAAAAAUUUAUAACAUUGCCAAAAUCGGUUUUGUAA